AGAGGCAGCAAUGAAUUCUUUUCAACACAAUCUGUUUAUUUCUUUGAUUGUUCUUUCCCUAACUCCAAUCUAUCAUGGUGUGGAAAUUAUUGGAGGUCAUAAAGUUAAACCCCAUUCAAGACCUUAUAUGGUCUCUAUCCAAGAGUACAAUCAUGAAACAAAACGUUAUGAACAUCAUUGUGGAGGGGCUUUGAUCAGUCCCAAAUGGAUACUGACAGCAGCACAUUGUAAAAGGCAAGGAACUUUUCAAGUCGUUCUUGGAGCGCAUUCUCUUUCACAGAAUGAGAAAAGUCAGCAAAAAUUCCAGAUUAAGAAGCUGCACCCCCAUCCACAGUUUAACGCAACAACUGUAGAAAAUGAUAUCAUGCUACUCGAAAUUUCCAGUGAAGCAAAGCUUAACAAAUAUGUGAAACUGCUCAAACUACCAAAAGAUGACAAUGAAGAUGUGAAACCUGGAACUCCAUGUACAGUGGCAGGAUGGGGAGCAACGAUUCCAUAUUCAACAUGUUCAUCCGACACACUUCAAGAAGUGAAGAUACGUGUAAUAGAUCGGAAAAAAUGCCAAGUUAAGCAUUCUUGCAAACGUGUGAUUGUAAUAACCAAGGAUAUGAUCUGUGCUGGUGACAGAAAAGGCAAAAAAGACACGUACAAUGGUGAUUCAGGUGGUCCUUUAAUUUGUAACAACAAGUACAAAGGCAUUGUGUCAUAUGGUCCUCCUGAUCCAAGCACCAAAGUACCUGGGAUUUACACUCGCAUAUCAAAGAAAUAUCUUGACUGGAUUGCAAAUAUAAUUGGUGUUGAAACUUCCAAUAUGACAGCUGAAGAUUUCUACUGAGUGUUGAGUCUCACUGCUACUUGGUUUUGCUUUUAUCACCUUGUCAUUAAAUUGCUUUGCUUCAGGAAGGACUUGCAUACUCUUUACUCAUGCCUUUGCUACACUGAACCACA